AUGCCUACAUUCACAUACAGGCCUGUCCCACUAACAAAGCGACUUCAUACGCAGGUGUAUGACUCCAUUCAUCCCUCUAAUCCUUCGCUAUCCCAAGCUGGCAAGACGGUACUUGUUACUGGAGGUUCAGAUGGUAUAGGCCUCUCCAUCGCCAAAUAUUUUGGUCUGGCAAAGGCAGAUAAAGUAAUCAUCACCGGAAGAACACGCGAGAAACUUGAUACUGCGGUAGAAAAGCUUGUGCAGGAGAAUAUGGAAAGUCCAGGCUAUUGCAUCACAACCAAGUUCGAAGGGCGAGUGUGUCUACUGUCUGACUCCGACAGCAUCAAUAGUCUUUUUGACGUUUUGUCUGUUGAAGGCGUUCACGUGGAUAUUCUGGUACUCAAUGCCGCCUUCAAUGUUGCUGGUACACUAUCGGAUCAAGGCUACGAGAAGACGUGGGAGCAGUUCAUAGUCAAUACUCGUGCGUCGCACCAGCUCUACGAUCGUGUCCUUCAGCAAAGUACCCAAGAAGAAAAGAAGUACUGCAUCAUCAAUGUGUCAACGGGUGCGAUCCAUGACUUUGGCAGUCCAAGAGACUUGUCUUCUUACUCCUUGACCAAGGCCGCGGGAACAAUGUUGAUGCAGAAACUUGCAGAUGAGACAAACCCGUCGAGAACUCAGAUUAUCAGCUUCCACCCAGGUGCGGUCCUGACAGCCCAGGCUAGAGACAAGGGCAUGACGGAAAAUAUGAUGAACUGGGACAAUGUCAGCCUCCCCGGCGCGUUUGCGGUUUGGUGUGCUUCUCCUAAAGCUUCUUUCUUGCACGGACGGUUUGUAUGGGGAGCAUGGGAUGUCGAUGAACUAAGUAACGGAGCAAUUAAGGAUAAACUUGAGAAAGAUAGUAACUUCCUCCGCAUCGGCGUCCAUGGGUUAUAG